AAUGGACAAAUACCAGGAACAGCCUCACCUGUUGGACCCACACCUUGAAUGGAUGAUGAACUUGUUGUUGGACGUGGUGCAAGAUAAGACAUCUCCAACUGCCCUUGUACAUCUGGCUUUUAAGUUUCUUUACAUCAUCACUAAGGUUCGAGGAUAUAAAGUAUUUCUUCGCUUAUUUCCUCAUGAAGUGGCCGAUGUGGAGUGUGUGUUAGAUAUGGUCACAAGUCAGAACCCAAAAGACCACGAGACUUGGGAAACCCGCUACAUGCUUUUACUAUGGCUGUCCGUAACCUGCCUGAUCCCUUUUGACUUUUCACGCCUUGACGGGAACCUCCUCAUCCAACCCGGGCAAACACGAAUGCCCAUAAUGGACCGUAUUCUCCAAAUAGCAGAGUCCUACUUGGUUGUCAGUGACAAGGCCCAAGACGCAGCUGCUGUCCUUGUGUCCAAAUUUAUCACACGACCUGAUGUGAAGCAGAGGAAGAUGGCCAGUUUCCUAGACUGGAGCCUGUGCACAUUGGCUCGUUCCUCCUUCCUGACCAUCGAGGGGGUCAUUGCCAUGGACGGGACACUGCAGGCCCUG